AUGAAGUCGAUUGCAUCGCUCGCGGUCCUGCUGGGCCUCGCUCAGCUGGCUGCCUCCUCGCCUGCUUUUGUCGCCCGUCGCAAUGAUGCUUCCUCUGCGGCCGAGGCCUUCAACAAGGAGACCUCGGCUUACACUGCAUCAAGCGCAUUCCCGACCUCGAUGUUUGCAUCCUACUACAACACACCCGCAUCGAUGACGGCCGAGCCCCGACCUGUGGUCACCGACGUCGGGCGCAACUCGGUCUUCCCAGACAUCCUGGCCAACCCUACGAUCCUUCCCCUCGGUCCCUCAUCCUCUGAGGCCGUGUACCCAGUCGCUACCGGCACCGCUUCCCCGGAUAUCGUCUCGCAAGUCCGUCAAGAGAUCACCGACAUCUUCGCUUCAUCCAGCUCCAACUGCACCAAGUGUACCGACGCCCUCAAGACCGCGCAGAAGCUCGCCCAGCAGUCCCCGCAGGAUGUUCCCGCCUUGCUGAUCGAGCUGUGCACCAAGUACAAGUUCAAGUCGGCGUCCACCUGCGCCAAGCAAUACGCCCCGCAAGUGCUCGGCUCGGUCUACGCGCAGGUGCUCAGCUACGCCAACUUCUCGUCUGGUAGCACGGAUGCGCAGUACAUGUGCAACGUUGUCGUCGGCAGCUCCUUCAGCAACUGCUCCCUGCCGAAGCCACGUCUUCUCGAUGAAGCCUACCUGGACGAUUGGUUCCACGGCAAGCGCACACCGCCGUCUUCGUACAACCUCAAUGUCGGGGAGCCUACUGCGAACGGUGGGAACUUGCGCGUGCUUCACAUGUCGGACAUUCACGUGGAUCCACGAUUCUUUGUCGGCGGCGAAGCGGCCUGCACCAACGGCCGAUGCUGUCGUGCCGACGCGUACAACUCCACGCUCAGCAGCGGCAACUUCACCCAAGGCACCCUGUCGCGUGCCUUGUCGGGCGCCAACAUCAGCGAGAGCGCGACCUACUGGGGCAACUUCCAGUGCGAUGCGCCGUGGAGCUUGGCGCUGUCCACCCUCGGGGCGGUGACGCCUCUCAACGGCGGCCAUGAAGUCGACAUGACCAUCCACACGGGUGACAUGGUGGUUCACGAUCUCGCGCAGUACAUCUCCCAAGAUCUGGUCAAGUACACCCAUCAGAGUCUGUACGAUUCCAUCCGCGCCAUGCUCGGUAAAGGUCCGGUCUUCAAUGCGAUUGGCAACCACGAUUCCGCCCCUUCGGACUUUGCCUCUCAGGGAGCGCUUCCCGAUGGGCGAUCCGACCAGCUCUCGUGGGAUUGGGACAACCUCGCCCGUCUCUGGGAGGCCGAAGGCUGGUUCGACCACGACGAAGCGGAACAGGUUCGCUCGCACUACGCCGGCUACUCCGUCACUCCUCGCAAAGGGUUGAGGAUUGUUGCGAUCAACACCGACUUUUGGUACAAAAACAACAUCUUCAACAUGAUCCACACGUCCAACCCUGACUAUUCGGGGAGCUUGCGGUUCCUAACGGAUGAGCUGUUCCAUGCAGAGCAGCGCGGGGAGCGGGUGUGGAUCGUUGGCCACGUGCUUACGGGGUGGGAUGGGAGCAAUCCACUCGAUAACCCGACAAAUCUGUUCUACCAGAUCGUCGACCGGUUCGCACCACAUGUCAUCGCGCACAUCUUCUUCGGUCACACGCACGAGGAUCAGUUCAACAUCUUCUAUGCCAACAACGGCACCUCGCGAGCGGCGGACCAGGCGAAAGCGGUGAGCUUCAUGGCCCCCAGCGUUACUCCAGGCAACAACGUCAACCCGGCCCUGCGGAUCAUGCACGUCAACGCCACCACGUAUGAGGUCAUGGACUAUCAUCAGUUUUAUACCCAGGUACCCACGUUCCCUGAUCUCCCGGAAAGCUCGCACGGUCCGGUGUACGAGUACCUCUACUCGGCCCGACAAGCGUAUGGCAACUUUACGAGCUCCAACGCCAACUCGACACAUCCGGUGGACGGCGGUGUUUGGCCACAGGACGCACCGUUGAACGCGACCUUCUGGGCAAAGUUGACGGAGGAAAUGGCCGUAAGGAAGGAACUCGUCCAGCAGUUUACGGUGUUUCAAGGCAGGAACAGCCCCAGAAGCCCCAACUGCACCAGCGACGAGUGUGUUAGCGCAAAGAUCUGCUACAUGCAGAGCGGAAGUGCGCCCCUCGGCAAGCAGUGCAAGCAGGGAUAUGGAAGCGUUCAAUCCUCCUAG